AUGCCUGUGGAUUCUCUUCCAACUGCUAUUUUGGCUCACAUGAUAUCUGUUAACAAUGUGCCUCCUCCUCCACUUCGCAGUAUACCACGCCUGAGACUGAGCAAAACCAUUAAUUAUGGUCAGUUGAACGCCUUAUGCCACAUGAGAGGACUAAAUAGCUGCCAGGAUUCUUCCCUUCAUUUGGCAGCUCACAAUACAUUCAUCAAGCAAUAUCCUCAAAUAUUCAUGCAUGAAAAAAUAAUAUUACCUAAAGUUCCUCACCAGUUUGAGAAAAGAAAAUCUGGCUUAAAGGUAGAAGAAAGAAAACUCCAUCGUAAGUCACACAACAUAUCUCUGUAUCUCAGAGAAGCACGUGGUGGCCCUAGGAUUGAUGAAGAAAUAUCAGAAGAGAAGUUUCUGGAGUUCUUAGGUAUCUUAAAGAAGCUGCCAGUUUAUAGAACAGCACAGGAACAUAACAUUGUGUGGAAGAUAUUGAAGACUAUUCCAGGAUUAACCUCUCAACUUAGCAAUGAGCAUCUGAAAUUCCUGAGUAAGAAAGUCAUUUCUGAAAGCUGGAUCAAAGGUAGCACAGUGAUUGGUGAUGAUGGACUUUAUGUCAUGCUGACGGGCCAGGGUCGACGUCGUAUAAAGGUGUAUAGAAGUCUGAUUGAAGAAGACGACUCAAUCAUCUCUUCAUUAUCCAGGGAAAGUUUUCUUUUUGAUGCAGAGUUAAAAGACUCUGCAGUGGCUGAGUUAUAUGUACCUUCGAGGAGACUAACAGUGAGAAAGUGGGGAGUCUUUGGAUCACUGCAUUGUACACCUGAAAUGGAUGAAAGUGAGCGUUCAAUUGUGACAGAUAGUGACUGUGAAAUCCUGAAAAUACCUACAAAGGAGUAUGAGAAGUUAAAAUUGGAAAAAGUAAAACGUGAAAAUGCACAAAAGUUGAAAUUAAUCCGCAAGUGUCCUUUUUAUGAAACUUGGCCUACUUUAUCCAUAUGUGAGCUAGUUCCAUUUAGUAAAUUGAAAAUUUUUCCUCCAGGUCAUGUGUUAGUAGAAAGUGGAACUGUCAUUUCAUUUGUCGGUUAUAUCAAUUCUGGAUAUUGUAACAUUUAUAGAAAUAUUGUUGGACUUGUGGAACUAUCAAUAAACAAAGUGAAAAAAAUUAAAAAGCUUGUUUAUAUGGGUAAACUUAAGGAGAAGGAGUCCUUUGGUGAGAUCAGUGUUCUUCUCCAAGCUCCCUUCACAUGUACAAUUAUCACUGGUAAAGAAGUUGAGAUGGCAGUUAUUGAAGAUAAGGAUAUACACGAAAAGCAAUGUUCCAGAAUAAGGAGGCAUAUAGAAUUUAGAGAUACUGAAGAAAGAAUUCAUGCUUUAUCUGAUUUUGUAGCACCCUGCUGA